ACUGGAAUGCACACAAAUCACAUGAAGGACCUAAAGAACAACUUUAACUCUCUCCUUGGUGCCCAAAAGGAGAAGCUUAUUCAGGCGAUUAAAAAGAUCAAACAUGAAAUUGAUGAAUGUAACGAGGCUGAGAAUGAGGCAUUUGUGAACGCACUGGAGGUCGAGAACAGAUUUGAAUCAAUAGAACGUGAAAUUCGAGCAGAGUUCCAAAACCUCCAUCGUUUCCUGGAUGAGGAGGAAGAGACAGACCUAGAACGGCUGAGGAAGGAAAGGGACAAACGAGUGAAGAUCUUAAAAGAAAGAGAGAAAAAGAUUGCCAUGCAGAGUAGAGAUCUAGAGAAAGCCAUUGAGACUCUGAACUGCAAACUCCGGGAAGAUGACAGCCUCAAACUUUUGAAGGAAAUCAAGGAGCUUCUUAAAAGAUGUGAGGUGAAUUUCAAUCGUCCUCCCCCAGUAGACAGCGAAAUUCUCUCCAGUCAGUUUGUGGGCCCCAUUCAGUACCGGAUCUGGAAACACAUGAAAACAUCCCUCUACCCAAACAUAUCCACGUUGACUUUUGACCCUGAAACGGCACAUCCCUACCUGACCUUGUCUGCUGAGAGAACUUCAGCGACGUUCGAGGAAGACAAGGUGCAGCCUAACGAGAACCCAGCCGAAAGGAACCCGAAGCGCUUCCACUUCUAUUAUUGUGUGAUGGGGUCAGAGGCCUUCACUUAUGGCCGUCAUUACUGGGAGGUGGAAGUGAAAGGAAAGACUGCCUGGCGAGUGGGUGUGGCCAGAGCGGACAUACCCCGGGGAGAGAUGGACUCUUCCUCCACAUUAAACGGACUGUGGACACUGUCCCUCAGAAAUGGCUUGAUCACAGCCUGCACCCACCCAAAGCCCACAAAGGUGCUCUCAUACACCCUCCCCAUCCGCAUCGGCAUCUUCCUGGACUGUGAGAAGGAAGAGGUGUCUUUCUACAAUGCUGUCACCAUGACGCCACUCUUUUCUUUCUACAUGGGGACUGUUCUAGUGCCGCUCUAUCCAUUCUACAACCCAUGUGACCAAGAUAAAGGCAAAAACUGUGCUCCUCUUUCCAUAUUUCAUCCAUCACUCUGAGGGAUUGACAUGGAUGUUUGGUUUUUCCACCUAAUGCUGACACAGUUUGAAAUGCGGAAUUCUGAUCACCUUGAAGCUUGUAUGCCUGUAAAGCUAGAGAGAAGUUUUUGAUGUGUAGUUGUGUUUGGAUCAACCGUUUAUAAUAACACUAAAUAGCAGCUGUAUCCGAAAUAUUUCUCUCAGAAAUGAAAAUUCUGUCAUUAUUUAUUUGUUUCAAAACUGUAUACCAUUACGUUUUGAUGUCAUGAUGUGGCAUAUGAGACUCUUGAAAACCAGCAAGCUGAGUUUGAUUUUAUUGAUGUCCAGCCUGCACCAUAUUUGAUUAGAAAGUUGCAGUGGAGGUGUAGAUUAUCAGUAAAAUAGUGCUUGAUUUAUAUGGACAACAUUUAUAGUGUUUUUGUUUUUGUCCUUUUUUGGAGCUUGACAGGCUGUGGAAACAAUGAACUAUUGGUGU